CCCGCGCGCUAUGACUUCUGCUGCCUCGUCACUCGUGCAGGGCCCCUCCGCAGCGCGCGCCACUCCCGCGUAACCCGCGUGUCUCCAGGUGACAGCAAAGAAAAAGAAGAAUUUAAAAUAAAAAGAAAGAGAAGUGAGGAAAAGUGGGAAACCGAGCGGAGGGAAGAAGCCCCCCCAACAAAUAAACAGUCUGGUUCCCUCUCACAGAAAGAAGACAGUUUGCUUGUUGUAAAGAAAACGGAGUGCCACCUUAAAUCAAAGACCUCCUCGCGCCUCAUCACAGGAAAACACCGGGACCCGCUUCCUUCCGCCUGACUUUGUUUUAAGGAGGAUCAGACCAGACCCGUCGACGCGGAGAAGUUGCUCCUGCUCCGGUAUGUUGGCGCUUUGCCUGCUCGGCGCCGUGUGGCUCGCGGCGGCUCCGGCCCGCGCGCAGAACGAGACGGAACCGAUCAUCCUGGAGGGGAAGUGUCUGGUGGUGUGCGACUCCAACCCCGCCGCCGACCCCACCGGCACCGCGCUCGGCAUCUCCGUGCGCUCCGGCAGCGCCAAGGUGGCGUUCUCCGCGGUGCGCAACACCAACCACGAGCCCUCCGAGAUGAGCAACCGGACCAUGGUCAUCUACUUCGACCGGGUUCUUGUAAACGUCGGGAAGAAUUUUGACGAGGAGAGAAGUAAUUUCAUCUCACCACGCAAAGGGAUUUACAGUUUUAACUUCCAUGUGGUGAAAGUCUACAACCGCCAAACUAUACAGGUGAGCCUGAUGCACAACGGCUGGCCGGUGAUCUCGGCGUUCGCGGGCGACCAGGACGUGACGCGCGAGGCGGCCAGCAACGGCGUGCUGAUCCAGAUGGAGAAGGGAGACCGGGCCUACCUCAAACUGGAGAGGGGGAACCUCAUGGGAGGAUGGAAAUACUCCACCUUCUCCGGCUUCCUGGUGUUUCCCAUGUAGAGGAGACCGGAGAGGAAGAGGAGGAGGAGCGAGGGGUGGAACCGAAGGAGGAGCUGGUGGAAGAUGGAAAUUACGAUGAAGGUGGGGGAUGGAGAAA